UUCCUCCUGCUGCUUCUGCUUGCGUGUUCGUUCACAAAGGGUCUGAAGAAAUCCAGAACGAGCUUUGCUUUGCUCACAAGACUAUCAGUAAUCAAAGCGAUCUCCCCCUCCUUUUUGAUUCUUCUCUCACAAAUCCAUCUCAGUGUUCGGAUCCAUGGCUUCGGGAGCAUCGGGUCGGGUCAACCCGGGAUCGAAGGGCUUCGAUUUCGGGUCCGAUGAUAUCCUCUGCUCUUACGACGACUUCACCAACCAUGACUCCUCUGAUGGCUCCAACUCCGAUCCCGCGAUCGGUGCUUCCAACUCCAAUAAGGAAUUUCACAAGACCAGGAUGGCGAGGUCUUCGGUUUUCCCUACAGGCUCUUACGCUCCACCAGAGGACUCUUUGAGGGAGGAAGAGCUUACUGCCACUGUUGAGCGAAGCAUGAAGAAGUAUUCAGACAACAUGAUGCGCUUUCUUGAAGGCUUAAGCUCACGUUUGUCCCAGUUAGAACUGUAUUGCUACAACCUUGAUAAGACUAUUGGGGAAAUGAGAUCGGAUUUGACUCGUCAUAACGAGGAGGCUGAUGUUAAGCUUAGGUCUUUGGAUAAACAUCUUCAAGAGGUGCAUAGGUCAGUUCAAGUUCUCAGAGACAAACAAGAGCUAGCUGAUACCCAGAAGGAGCUGGCGAGGCUUCAACUUGUGUCGAAAGAUUCAUCCUCCUCGUCUCAUUCCCAACAUGGCGAGGAGCGGGUCGCGACUCCUGUUCCAGAGCAUAAGAAGAAUGAAAACACCUCAGAUGCACCCAACCUUCAGCUUGCACUUGCUUUGCCUCACCAAAUAUCACCACAGCCACCAACGCAGCCACAGCAGCAGCAGCAGUAUUACAUGCCUCCUGCAACACAGCUUCAAAACACACCUGCACCAGCGCCUGUUCCGCCUCCACCAUCUCAACCUCAAGCACCACCAGCUCAGGCUCACUUCAUGCCCCCACCUGCUGCUCCAUCUCACCCAAGCUCGGCUCAAACUCAAUCAUUCCCGCAGUACCAGCAAAACUGGCCUCCGCAGCCACAGGCAAGGCCACAGUCUAGUGGAGCCUACCAACCAUACACGCCUCCUGCACCACCAAGCAACCAAUCUCCAGUAGAACCGUUGCCAAGCAGCAUGCAGUCGCCGUACGGUGGGCCUCCUCAACAGUCGAUGCAAGCUUACGGAUACGGUGCACCACCAGCACAGGUUCCACAGCAGACAAAGAUGUCUUAUAGUCCCCAGACAGGCGAUGGGUAUCCACCCUCAGGGCCUCCUCCUCCCGGAUACGCCAAUACCAUGUAUGAAGGCGGGCGGAUCAUGCAAUACCCACCAUCUCAGCCGCAUCAGCAGCAACAACAAGGCCAUUACAUGCAAGGUCCACCAGGUGGUGGGUACGCACCUCAGCAGCACCAGGCUGGUGGUGCUGGUAACACUGGGACACCAUCUCCUGUCUUGAGAUCAAAAUACGGUGAGCUGAUAGAGAAGCUAGUGAGCAUGGGUUUCAGAGGAGACCACGUCAUGACAGUGAUACAGAGGAUGGAGGAGAGUGGGCAAGCUAUCGACUUCAACGCACUCCUUGACAGGUUGAGUGUGCAGUCCUCAGGAGGGCCUCCCAGAGGGUGGUGAGAAGCUACUCUCUACUUGUAUGUUAGGGGUUUCACAAUAAAAACUGCUUCCUCCCUUAUAUACACUCGACGUUUCUUACGUUACUCUAUAGGCCCUAGUUUUAUUGGGCCCAAUAGAUUUAAGUUCUGUUGUGUAUUCGUAAUGUGACUCAAUCUAUGUGCCUAUUUAUUUGUGUGGUUUUACUUUCAA